AUGGCCAAUAUGAUUUUCGGAGAUGAUGAAUUUUUAGUUGACACUUUGCCAGGUGAAAUAAACUUAGUCGAAUCUGUUCCGGCCACUCAAAGCAACACUAAUACGCCCUUAAACAUAGCUACUAAUGCCAAAUCUCCAAUUCCAUCUCUAACACCUGAGGCUGUAAGACCUAUAGCACGAUUUAGCACGCCAAAUAGAACUGCUAGGAGUGGUUGUUCACGAAUUCUUACCAGCUCCACCGAAAAGCGAAGAGUACAAGAAAAUGAAGAAAAGAAAAAUGCAAAAACCGCUAAACGAACGCUUAAGCUUUUAGACAAAGGUGAGAAAAAGCCGACAAAAAAAAUCAUUAAAAAAGCCCGACAACUUGAAUUAGACUUGUCGGAUGAGAGCGUUAAAAGCGUUUCCUAUGCCGAAUCUGAUAAAUCUAACGGUUUCAUUUCUGACCAAGAUAAUUUCGAAAUGGAAAGAACAGAGCUUUUUGACUAUAAGCUUACAGAUGAUGAGAAAUUGAGCAAAACAAUAAAAAAAGACCAAAGUGAUAUGCUGCUUAGUAAAAUGCAGGAGAAUCCAGAAAUUGCCAAAGGCUUUACUAAAGCAAAUCGAGAAAAAGUGGCCUUGGAAUUAAAUAGUGCAGGGCCGCCGGUGAAGAGUGAGUUUGAAUGGAAAAAAGUUUGGACAGAUCAGAAGCGAUACGUUAGAAAAAAGGCAUCAGCAAAUAAAAUGCAUCAAAAAGGUACAGGAGGUGGGCCAAAUAAAACGCAAAAGUUUUCACCUUCGGAAGAGGCCAUAUUCCAACUUGUAGGAAUGAAGGAAGCAGUGGAGGGAGUAGGAAGUUCGCUGUCCUUUGGUUUGGCUCGCCCACAAAAUGAUAUACAAAGUGCCAAACAAUGCGAGUAUGAUGCUACAUUGUACCCGAAUGAGGUAGAGUGCGUUGAAGCUGCUGAUGAUUUUCUUCUUGAAACGGAACUAAUACAGGAAGACAACAGUGUGCAACCAACUCCUACAACAUCUCAAGCCGCAAAGAAAAGAAAGAUGAGUACCAACGAUAUCAUUGUGGAGGAGCUACAGACACAAAAAAUACUUUGUAACAAAGUGACCGAGGGGGUUUCUGUAAUGAGAGACCACAACACUGAAGUCCAGAGCGGCAUUAAGAAGAUGUACAGAUCAUUGGACCGCCUGGGUGAUAUUAACAAAGAAUUAUUGAAAGAACAACAGAGGCAUAAUAAAAAAAUGGAAAAUCUUCGUAAGUCUGAGCUGGAAAACAAAAUUGAGAAAGACCGAAGAAUGUUAGAGUUAGAAGAACAGAAGAUUGAAAUCAUGCGAAGAAGAGAUUUUAAUGACCCAGCAUUUUAAAAAUAAGAUAUUCAUACAAAGAAAUCUUAAAAAUGCAUAUACAUAUAAGACAAAAGCUAU